AUGAAUAGAGGUAGGAUUAUAUCACGUAUAUUAUGGCGACAAGGACUAUAUAAUAGAAUUGAUUAUGCAAGACCCUGUGCUCUUAGUCCAUGUACGAAAUCGUUGAAUAUACGAGAACAAGGUACCAUAGCUCUUAAAGAAAGUUAUAUUAAGAAAUUUAUGAAAGCUGUAGGAUGGAUGGACCAAGAACGAACGCGAUUAAAGCUAACUGGAUAUUUUCUCUAUGAAUGUGUGCCUGAUAGAGUAGCAUACAAUGAAUGGUUUGAAGACCUGGAGCUGCCUGAUACGUUUGCCUCCUGGUUUAUUAUUACUGAGCUACAUGUAUGGCUUCUACUGGUAAGAUAUAUGGCAGAAGAUGUUACCCCUUCUACAAGUGAGAAGAGCAAAUAUGUAACAGGCGAUGGGCACUUUGUAAGGAAUUGCAUCAUAGAAGCUUUAUGGGCAGAUGUUGCAAACAGAAUUAAGUUUUUGGAGGGAGCAAAUCCAGCUAUAGCUAGGAAGCAAGUAACAGAACUCUCAGAACAAUUUCAAGCGGCAUUAGUUGGUUAUGAUGAAGGUUUGGUAGAAGACAAAGUGUUAGCUGCAGCAAUAUGGAGAAGGUUUUAUUCACUUUCUGAAGACACAAAAGUAGAGCAUAUUGCAAAAAUUGUCAAUUUUAUAAGACAUCAGCUGUCUGAAUUGGAUAAAAUACCAAGUGAAAACUUAAGGUGGAAGCCUCAAAUUAAUUGGCUGAGUAUACUUAAGCAU